ACCACGUACACGUGGACUGACUGUGUUCACCACUCACAGCAAGCUAUAAAAACAUUCAUGAACACGUAGCUAAACACACCCUCUCUCGCGCUCUCUAGAUCAAAGUGGUGAUAGCUAAUUGAUUGAAAUGAAGGGACUUGACAUCAUCAAAUUGGCAACGGUCUCAAUGGCCAUGAUGAUGGUGUACACGUGUCAGGGAAGCAAUCUCCACCCUCUGAUUGUAGUGCCAGGGAACGGAGGGAAUCAGCUAGAGGCUCGGCUGACGGUGGAGUACAAGGCGCCGAGCUUGCUCUGCAGCAAGCAGCCGCCGCCUAAGAAGGAUAAGGAGGGAUGGUUCACGCUGUGGCUCGACAUCAGCGUGCUAUUGUCACAGUACACACAAUGCUUCGCUGAACAAAUGACGCUUUACUACGACGCUGAUUUGGAUGAUUACAGAAAUGCCCCUGGGGUUGAGACAAGAGUCUCUAGAUUUGGUUCCACCGAGUCCAUGCUCUACCUUGAUCCUGAUUUCAAGCCAUUCACACCAUACAUGGCAGCCCUAGUCCAAUCCCUAGAGAAAAUCGGCUAUGUCGAUGGAAAAACCCUGUUCGGAGCUCCCUAUGAUUUCCGGUAUGGUCUAGCUGCUGAGGGCCACCCAUCCGACGUCGGUUCCAAGUUCCUCAAGGACCUAAAAACCCUAAUUGAAUCAUCAAGCGCUUCAAACGGUGGCAAACCAGUCAUCCUCGUAACCCACAGCCUCGGCGGCCUCUUUGUCCUCCAGCUCCUCAACCGAUCCCAGCCCUCUUGGCGCCAAAACUACAUCAAACACUUCAUCGCUCUCUCCACCCCCUGGGGCGGUGCAGUGGAGGAAAUGCUCGCUUUCGCCUCCGGGACCACACUUGGUGUCCCCCUAGUCGAUCCAUUGCUUGUCAGAGAUGAGGAAAGAAGCUCCGAAAGCAACCUAUGGCUCAUGCCGAACCCUAAACCGUUCGGUCCAAAAAAACCUCUUGUGAUCACGCCAAAUGCGACGUACACGGCAUAUGACAUACUACAGUUUUUGGACGAAUUAGGGAUUCCGAAUGCCAAACAAAGGUAUGAAACUAGGGUUUUGCCGUUGGUCGAUCAGUUGGAACCGCCCGGAGUGCCGGUUACGUGCGUGAUUGGGACCGGGGUUGAGACGAAGGAGACUUUGUUUUAUGGGAAAGAUGGGUUUGAUAAGCAGCCAGAGAUUGUUUAUGGUGACGGAGAUGGGACAGUGAAUAUGGUGAGCUUGUUGGCGGUGGAAUCGGAAUGGAAGGAGACGAAAAAUCAAACACUCAAGUUUAUUAGGGUUCCUGGUGUUACUCAUACAGAUAUACUCACAGAGAGUGCUGCACUUGAUGAAAUAAUUGGAUUGAUUGAUUCUAUCAAUUCUCAGCUUGUGGACUCACUUGCGUCCAUGUGAGCAAGGAAGGCUAUGGACUUAAUAAUUUUUUUGCAAGGCUAACAAGCAUUAUUAUUUACUAAUGUUUUACUAAUAUUUUGUAUUUUAAAUAAUAAUGAGAAUUUGAAUGUAAUAAAUUUAAAUUUGGUGUGGGCAAGAUGAAUAUGAUAGACAAAAUCUGAAUUUACUCA